AUGGCGGUGAAGGACAACGCAAUAGCCAAGCCAGACAUAUCCUUCAAGUUGGAGGUAGCCAUCUUACUUGCUCUCUUCUCUUUACGUGUCAUCAAUGCCUUGAGUGUUCAAACCUUCUUCCAGCCAGAUGAGUAUUUUCAGUCUCUUGAACCGGCAUGGCGGAUCGCGUUCGGCGAACAGAGCGGCGCAUGGAUAACCUGGGAAUGGCGAGAGCAACUUCGCUCGUCUCUGCAUCCCAUGCUGUUCGCCGCUGCUUACCGAACGGCAGAUGGACUCGCCAAACAGUUUCGAGUUGAUCACGAUGCUCGUACUGCGCUGCUUCUGGCAGCGCCCAAGAUCUUACAAGCCGUGAUUGCAGCAGCAGGCGACUUCUUUACGUGGCAAAUUGCUCGAAGACUUUAUGGGUCCCAAAGUCGUACCUCUUUCGCAGCUCUGGCUUUGACGGUGUUCAGUCCUUGGCAGUUCUUCUGUUCGGUGCGAACAUUCUCCAAUUCUUCCGAAGCCGCGUUGACGGCUGUUGCGCUCGCUUACUGGCCGUGGCACUGGUUUCUACAGCCUAGCGAAGGGCACUUGAACUCCGUGAAAAAGACACCAUCGAAACGAGAUGUUGACGCAGAGGCUAAGGAAAUGGUGCAGCAGUUCAAGUCAUUUCUUGAGCAUGGAGACUCGGUACGAUCAAACGGUGCUACGAAAGACGAUUCAAAGGACGUGGCCGCACUACCUGCCUCCCCUCCUGGCCUUUACCUAUCCUUGACCGCUGCGGCACUGGCUUGCAUCCUUCGGCCAACCAACCUCAUUAUCUGGGCUACCAUCUCGGUCAGCUUACUUGUGCGCUACGGUACUCCGCAAAAGGCGGUUACACUGGCGCAGGGCGGCUUGCUCUGUGGCUCCGCCGUCUUCAUUGCCUCGCUCGGCGUGGACAGAACGUACUAUGGAGAGUGGACGUUUCCGCCAUUGAAUUUCAUCUAUUUCAAUGUGGUACAAGCUAUAGCAGGUUUCUACGGCCGAAACCGCAUCGACUACUACUUUACUGAAGGCCUGCCCUUGCUGCUUACAACUGCGCUUCCGUUUGCGCUCUCUGGGCUUUGGGAGUCGUUACGGCCCGGACUAGACAAACCAGGCUUUAGGGGUUAUGAAGAGCGCCAGGCUCGCCUUAUCAUGGCAUUUGCUGUACUAUCGACUGUGGUUGCGUUCACUCUGCUGGCUCACAAGGAAGUGCGUUUCGUCUAUCCGCUCCUACCUAUCCUACAUGUCCUAGCCGCAAGACCGAUGGCUGCAUUCUUCGAUCCCUUUCCACUGCCAAGGAGUAAGGUGAAGAUCGGUGUACUGGCGCUGAUGCUCACAUUCAACGUAUAUAUUGCGGCGUACGCGUCUUUUGUGCACCAACGUGGUGUCAUCGACGUCACGGACUUCCUUCGGCAGGAGCAGGAGCGCAGAUUGGCGCACUCAAUAUCCCUGUCUACGCCGUCGAACCUGACUGUUGGCUUCUUUAUGCCGUGUCACAGCACACCGUGGCGCAGCCACCUGAUUCGUCCGGAGACCAAAGGUUGGGCCUUGACGUGCGAGCCGCCCCUUAACCUCAGUACGGAGGAACGCGCAACGUACGAAGAUGAAGCCGACAUCUUCUACAACCAUCCCGCUUCGUGGAUCGAGGACAACAUGAAAGACCGGAAGAGCAUCAUGAGGAAUGCCUCGCCCAACCCAGCGUCUACACCUAGCGACGGAACGAGGAGAGAGUGGCCUGAGUACCUCGCCUUCUUCGAGCAUCUCGAGCCUGUCAUGAACAGUGUGCUCGGGCCGACACGGUACGAGGAAUGUUGGCGAGGCUUCAAUACCCAUUGGCAUGACGACUGGAGGAGGCAAGGUGAUGUGGUAGUGUGGUGCAUGCGAGAGCCGUGA